CAGCCUCUCCAAAAUUCUUAAAUAUAAAGUCAAAGUCAGGUGAAGUGUAGAUUAAUUUAUUCAUUUAAAGAUGUAAAAAUUCUUUCAAAAAAUUUACACUUUAAACAGAUCAGUUUUUAGCACUCAACUUAAAUCCAGUGCUUUCCCUAUUCAUUGGACCGAUAUGAUCAGAGAUAGCAUGUUAGUUUCCUAUUGCUGCUGUAGCAAAGUACCACAGCUUAGUGCUUCAUGCAGCACACAUUUGUUUGUUUGUUUAUUACAAUUCUGGAGGUCAGAAGUCUUAAAUGAGCAGGACUGUGUUCCAUGAACUGGCUUUUUCCAGCAUCUAGAAGCUGCCCACAUCCCCCUGCUGUGGCCCCACAUCACACCAACCUCUGCUUCUGUCAUCGUAUCUCCUGCGUCUGACUCUGACCUUCCUCUGGAAAGCAUCCUUGUGAUUACAUUUGGUCCACCUGGAUAACCCUGCAGAGGUCUUUAACUUAUCUACAAAAUCCCCUUUUGCCAUUUAAGGUGAAAUAUUCACAGUUCCAGGGAUUAGGAUGUGGGCAUCCUUGGGGGCCAUUAUUCUGUCUACCACAGAUAGUAAUUUCUACUCCACAGAAAUCUAAUAGGAAUUUUAAAAAGAUACAUAUUCUUGUCAUAUGCCUUCACAAGCUUUAGAAAAUUUCCUAUAUAAUAGAAAUUAGAGACCAGUUUGAGAUGAGAUACUGCUUAAUAUACUUUGGAUUUUAUACAGUAAAACAUUAUAUUUCCUUUACAUAAAUUCCUACAUAUACUAUUGGAAAAGCAUGCUAGAAAGUACUACAGGUAAUAUACUGCCUCUUUUUUUUUGAAGAAACUCUUUACUAAUUUUCUACCAAGUCUUUGUUACUAUCUUACAAAGUGAGUAUAUAUCAUUAUACUUCAUGAAUUUUUUAAAAGCACAAGAAAAAGUGACUACACAUAAGGCCACACAGCAAAUCAGAGAAUAGACACAGCUAGUGGUUAGAGUGUCCGGUUGGAGAUUUGGGUUCAUUAUCUCUUCUGCUUGACAACUGUAUCUCGAUAUAUAAUGACUAUUACCAAGUCUUGGAAAGAUUAAAGCAUGUUUGAGUACGUAGUAGCUCCAUAGCCCCAGCCUCACAAAAACUAAAAAGUAACAAAGAAGUUCCAUCGGGUUUUAGUCUACAGGAAGUAAGCAGCUUAUAUGGUUACUGGAACUUAUCUGCUACCUUGCUCAAUUACCUGUCAAAGCUGCUAUUCUUUCCUGUGUUUAAACGUUUCCAUGUUAUUCAGAGGCCUUAUACCACCUGCUCCCAGUGGCACAUGCUGUUGCACAAUUGGCGUUCUUCUUAACACAACUGGAGUUCUUCUUAACCAAACAAUGAAAACAGCAAUUACCCAAAAUCAACAUGUACUGCCAAAAGGGCAAGUCCUUUCAUAAAAUCACAAACUGAAACUUUUAAAUCUGCAUAUAUUAAGUAGCUUAAUGUAUUAUAUUAAUUUUUAAUCUUUAGAAUCUCAUUAAAAGAAAUUAUUCUCCAGGUUAUAAGUGUACCAAGUCCAAAAAAUGACUUUUAAAAUAAAAAAAUUGAAAAAACAUUUAAAUAAUAUAAAAACGAAGUGACUGCUGUGGCAGGAGGGUGGGGAGGAGCGGCAAUCUGAAUGACUGAAAUGAGAUGUAGAGAGACAGCAACUCCUGACCAGGAAAAGGAUUUCAAAACCCAGCAAUGGUCUAAAGCACUCACAUAGCUGUAGCCUACCACUUAGUUUGUCUGAAAUCCAAAAAGAAACUCAUAUACACAGUAAUCAUCAGCGUUUGGUGUCCUUCUAGUGGCUUGACAUUUAGCUGCUUUACUCUUUCAGAUGUCUUCUCUGAUUCCUGUACCCAUUCCAGCUCUUCUCCAUGCCCCCUUUGCUGCUGCAGUUAAGUUCUUUUUUUUCUUCUUCUUCCUUCUUUCUUCUUCUUCUUCCUUUUUUUUCUUUUUGAACUCUGAUACAUGUUUAUGAAUCCUCAGCAUCUCUCGUCUUCUGUUCAUCAGCUUGGUAUAAUACUGUUUAGCAUCAGAACAAAGCAUUAAUGUCCAGCAUAGAAUGGCGUUAUUUAAACUUUGAAACCUCUCAUUUCAGUGUGUCUAAUGCAACUUGUUUCUGUGUGAGUUCCUAGGUUUCUUUCAACCUGUGAAGAUCCAGCCAAGAGUGAGAAAGCAGCCUCUGCCAGCGGCUCCCCAGUGCUAGGGUCGUGUUCUCCACCAGCCCUUCAUCUGGAGAAGUGUCACUAGAAUAAUACUACAGCCCUCUCGUAUGGGGACAGGCUCUGUCCCACCGAAACCUGGGCUGAGCCUCCACCAUCAGGGACAUUCCCUGUCAUUGUGGUGGAAAGAGAACAUCGCCCAUCUAAGAUGGAGAAACUGAAGCUUAGCAAGAUUGCCAAAGGCCACGGUUAAGAAGAGGAUGGCUGUCCCUGGAGGUCAAGACCGGGUCUCCUUUCUUCUCCCACUUUACCAAUGCCUGAUCUCACAGGAUUAGUUCUGAGCCCAACACCAUGGCAUCAUCGACCUCCCUCCCACCUCCUCGCUCCCGGUCUAAGAAGCCUCUGGGCAAGAUGACCGACUGGCUCAGGCAGGCCCUGUCGAAGAAGCCCAAGAAGAUGCCUGACUCCCCUGAAAGCUCCCCCAGUGACACUUCGCAGCCCACCUCACAGGACAGCCCCCCACCCCUGGGCCUCAGUUCGGUCAGAUCUCCCAGCACGCCACUGACACUUGUGGGUGAUAGCAGCAGUGGCCGCUGGAGCAAAGACUAUGAUGUUUGCGUGUGCCACAGUGAGGAGGACCUGGUGGCUGCCCAGGAACUGGUCUCCUACCUGGAGGGCAGCACUGCCAGCCUACGCUGCUUCCUGCAGCUUCGGGAUGCAACGCCAGGCAGUGCCAUCGCAUCCGAGCUGUGCCAGGCACUGAGCAGUAGUCACUGUCGCGUGCUGCUCAUCACGCCAGGCUUCCUUCAGGACCCCUGGUGCAAGUACCAGAUGCUGCAGGCCCUGACUGAGGCCCCUGGGGCAGAGGGCUGCACCAUCCCCCUGCUGUCGGGCCUGAGCAGAGCCGCCUACCCGCCUGAGCUCCGAUUCAUGUACUACGUGGAUGGCAGGGGCCCCGACGGUGGCUUUCACCAAGUCAAGGAAGCUGUCAUGCGUUAUCUGCAGACACUCAGUUGACACUUCUUAUGUCAUCACGGGACCCAGAAAGUUCGAGGAAAGCUGGCAAUAGAGGGCCCACGCAGGGCCUCGGAUUCCGGCAGAUGUGACGGAGGGUGUAAGGAGCCAGAGUCUGCACGUGCCCGCCAGGCUCCCAUCACUGUGAGCUCCCCAGGAAGGCUGUGGGGAGGUCAGGGACUCCCCCAGGAAAGCCAUGAAGAAGCUGGGGACUCCCCAGGAAGCCCAAGAGGAAGCCAGAGAUUGGAGGUGGAGCUGACACCAGGAUGGUCCGCAGCGUUUUGCCUCCGGCCCAAUUGGACAGGGAGGCUGGCAUGCACCUACGUUUUCUUGCUCUGGAAUAGGGCGCUGGUAUAGACAGGUGUCCCUUCUACCUAGGUGACUCACCUGACUGAUGAACAAGCAGCCUAGACUGUAGGCCUGAACAUGGAUGGUUUUGCCGGCUGCCUGGGGAAGGCCCCGAACAGGCGUCUGGAGAAAGCAACAGGUAUCAAGUCCUUCAUGCUCACAGUACUGCUGUUCCCUUUCCCGGAAGCAUCCAUCUGCUUCACAUCGCUGUAUGAAAGAUGCGCUCGGUACUGCGCGGUGCCUUAUUUAUUGCAUAAGUGUCACUAAAGACACAACCUAGAAGCCAUUCUGUCUAUACAAGGAUGGGGAGGGAGCAGGUGGGGCAAAGACAAGGGAAGCCAGGGCGCAGGGCUCAGCCCUUCACUGCGGACCCAAAGCCCACUGCUGCUGUGACACCCGGGGGACCACCCGGGUCUGGGUAGAGCUGAUGCUUCCACAGUGGUGCAGUCUUCGCCUUUAGACAACAGCAGGCAGCAGGAAUCGGCAGAUGACUGCGUUCCUUGUAGGACAGGCAAGGUCUCAUUCAUCUGUCCUCAGUGAGUUUGCUGUUGAACUGAAAUGAAUUUCACUACCUCCCCCAAGGUGUAUUUUUAUGCCUCUUCUCUCAGUUCCCCCUAUCAUGUCCUCUUUCACUGAAAAAAAAGUUAUCUUUUAAAUUAUGAGUUAUUUUAUUACGGACAAAAGGACUAAAGAAUAAUAUAAUGUAUACUCAUGUGCCCACACCCAGAUUAGGAAGCAAAACCUUAUCCCUGUGGUGCUCCCUUUGUGCCCUGAACUACAGUCCCCUCACUUGCCCUCCCAGAAAUAACCACUAUUCUGAAUUUUGGACUUACUCCUCUUAGCUUUCCUCUGUACAUUUACUACGGAUGUAUGCAUCCCUCCCAGCACAUUGUUGGGUGUGGCUGGUGUCACUUUAUAUAAACAGCAUUGUAACAUUUGUA